CACGUCGAAAUACUUUUCCAAAACUUUUACAAAGUCCAUGCAGUGAGGAAAACGGCUUUACAUCUAAUACAUGGACCGGUAGCUGUUUUUCGCGUUCCCAUCCGUAGCUCAAGCUGCUGCUUUAGCGUAUAUUAGUUCAUUUGUUGCAUUUCAUUAACAGUCGUCAACACGGAUCGUUCAUACAUUGUCUUUUGUCCCUACUAUUUGGCCUAUCAUACUGUACCAGCAGGUGUUACUUUUUUUCCUCAUGCAUUGGAAAUACGGUGUGUGUAGUAAUUGGCGAUAUUUUCAAGAGGCGUAGUAUGGAAGGUUUUGACUACGUCAUCAAACGACCUCAACAGGCAAAAGUAUGUUUUGGAUCCACUAUACAGCGGGACGCCGUUCCACUGACGGGUCCAGCAAAAAGUUCUAUCAUGCGUCGUACAACAAAUGAACUGACCGGAGAAAAUUUAUCACCUGGAACAUACGACAUUACCUACUACGAUCAUCAUUCGCAUCCAAUUCUCAAAUCUGGGCACAGUAUUCGUGGUCGAGGGUCAUUGUCGGCCACUUCCGUUCGUUUUAAACAUGAUGAAGUAUGUCACCUUUCCGCAGCAGGAGAUUAUCACGUGAUUACAAAACCACUGACUAAACCCUGUUGGAGUCCAUUUGGAGCGACAGUGCCGCGAUGGAUGGAAACAGAAUAUCCGGCUGUUCCAGGACCGGGAACAUACACACAGAAGAAACGCAAAGAAAUUCGGAUGUACUCGUUUGGUGGCAGAAUAAAAAUUAUACCAGCAGCAAUUACUACUUGUAAAACAGAAAACUUUGAUAAAUGCUAUCGUUGUGAUCAGAAACCAGAAAUCGACUACUGGAAGAAUGAGAAAACUGAAAAGAGCUUGUGUCGAGCCUGCAUGCAAAAGGAAAUUAAUUUAACAAAGAUCCAUUCCAAAACAAAAUCAGUUAUGCUCAAGCAAUUGGAUGUCCUAAAAGAGUUUCGGCGCAUACGUCACUGUGCCUACUAUCACACUCAUGAUAAAACCACGGCGGCCGUUCAGUUUAGAAGUAAUCGUGAUUUGAAGCAGAAGUUCCGAGUAGAAAAUUAUCUGUCGAUGUAUGAAUAAACCUUAACAUCAUUUUUUCAUCAAGAACUAAACAUG